AUGGAUUUUUUACAACCAUAUAUUGAAAAUCCAAGAGACACAUUAAAAAUGGCAAAUUGGGCAGCUUUUGGCUCCAUUAUUCUUCCAAAUGUAGGAGGUUGGGCGAAUGGAAUCUUCUUUGCUGGACAAAUUCGUAAGGAAGAUAAAUCCUGGUAUGAUGAACUCAAGAAACCAUCUUGGAAUCCACCUAAAUGGGUGUUUGGACCCACGUGGACAGUACUUUACAGUGGAAUGGGAUAUGCUUCAUAUUUAGUUUAUGAAGAGUGUGGAGGUUUUACUGAGGAUGCAGUUUUGCCACUGACUUUAUAUGGAGGUCAACUUUUACUUAACUGGGCAUGGACACCCAUAUUCUUUGGUCUCAAGGACUUCAAAUUGGCAUUCAUAGAGAUUUCAGUCCUUGGUGGAGCUGCAGUAGCAACUACAGCCGCUUUUGCUAAAGUGAACAAGACCGCUGGUGCCCUAUUGGUACCCUACUUGGCCUGGCUGGCAUACGCCAGUACAUUGAGCUACUACAUUUGGAAGAAUAACCCUAAAGAGAUCAAGGAUGAGAAGGCCCAGUAG